AUGGCGAAGGAGGAAGAUGAGGAGAAGAAAGCCAAGAAAGGCAAGAAAGGGAAGAAGGCCCCGGAGCCGGAGAAGCCCAAACGGAGCCUGAAGGGGACGUCGCGGCUGUUCAUGGGCUUCCGCGACCGCACGCCCAAGAUCUCCAAGAAGGGCCAGUUCCGGAGCGCGUCGGCCUUCUUCUGGGGCCUCCACACCGGCCCCCAGAAGACCAAGCGCAAGAAGAAGGCCCGCACGGUGCUCAAGUCCACGUCGAAGCUCAUGACGCAGAUGCGCGUGGGCAAGAAGAAGCGCGCGAUGAAGGGCAAGAAGCCGUCCUUCAUGGUGAUCCGCUUCCCGGGCCGGCCCGGCUCCGGCCGACGUGCGCGCUCGCUCAGCAAGGCGUCCACGGCCAUCAACUGGCUCACCAAGAAGUUCCUGCUCAAGAAGGCCGAGCAGUCGGGCAGCGAGCAGGCCACGCUGGACGCCUGGCUGCAGCGCUCCGACUCCCGCGUGGGCUCCCGCAAGCUGCCCUUCCCGUCGGGCGCCGAGAUCCUGCGGCCCGGGGGCCGGCUGCGGAGGUUCCCGCGCAGCCGCAGCAUCUACGCCUCGGGCGAGCCGGUGGGCUUCCUGCCCUUCGAGGACGAGGCCCCGUUCCGGCACUCGGGCUCCCGCAGGUCGCUGUACGGGCUCGAGGGCUUCCAAGACCUGGGCGAGUACUACGACUACCACCGCGAGGGCGACGACUACUACGACCAGCAGUCGCUCUACCGGCACGAGGAGGAGCCCUACCCGGGGGGCUACGGCUACAGCCCGGCCUGGCCGCCCUACGGCGACCACUACUACGGGUACCCGCCCGAGGACCCCUACGACUACUUCCAGCCCGACUACUACGGCAGGCCCCUCUCCCCGGGGAACGCUCCCGCUCCAGACGACUAUGAGCCCCCGUAUGCGCCGCCCUCGGGGUACUCAUCCCCUUACGGCUACCCCGACGGGUACGAGAGCGAGGCGUUCCCAUACAGCUACUACCUGGACCCCUACGCGCCCUACGACGCGUUGUACCCGCCCCACGACCCGUACAGCGCCCCCUACAGCGCCCCCUACGACAUGCCCUACUUCGAUCCCUACGGGGUCCCCUACAGCGCCCCCUACGCCGAAGGCCUCUAUGGUGGAGAGCAGGCCGUCUACCCGCCCGAGGUGCCCUACUUUUACCCCGAGGAGCCGGCCUUCGCGUACCCCUGGGUACCGCCGCCCAUAUCGUCGCCCCACAACCCGUACGCGCACCCCAUGGACGACAUCGCGGAGCUGGAGGAGCCCGAGGAGGCGGGCGCGCAGCGGCAGAGCACGUCGUUCCGCCUGCCCAGCGCCGCCUUCUUCGAGCAGCAAGGCAUGGACAAGCCGGCCAGGUCCAAGCUGUCCCUCAUCCGCAAGUUCCGCCUCUUCCCGCGGCCCCAGGUGAAGCUGUUCGGGAAGGAGAAGUUGGAGGUGCCCCUCCCGCCCUCCCUGGACAUCCCGCUGCCCUUGGGGGAUGCAGACGAGGAGGAGGAGGACGAGGAGGUGCCCCGCGUGCCCACGGUGGCCUAUGGCCAUCCUUUCUGGGGCUUCCUCACGCCGCGCCAGCGCAACCUCCAGCGCGCCCUGUCGGCCUUCGGUGCCCACCGGGGCCUGGGCCUCGGCCCCGAGUUCGGGCGCCCCCCGCCUCGCCCCGCCACGUCCCUGGCGCGGUUCCUCAAAAAGACGCUUUCGGAAAAGAAGCCCAUCCCGCGGCUCAGGAGCGGCCAGAAGGCCCGCGCGGGCGGCCCCCCCACCCUGUCGGGCCUGCCCCGGCCAGCCUCGCCUUACGCCUCCCUUCGCCGGCACCCGCCGCCCUGGGCCGCCCCAGCCCACGUGCCCCCCGCAGCCCAGACAAGCUGGUGGGGCUUCGUGGAGCCUCCUCCCGUGAGCCCAGAGGUGCCCCCCGACCUGCUGGCCUUCCCCGGACCGCAGCCCUCGUUCAGGGACUCCCGCCGGCGAGGGGCCGCCUUCGGCCUCUCCGGGGCCUCCCCACGGGCCUCGCGGAGGCAGGCCUGGCCCCUCCUGCCCUCACCCCAGCCCUCAAGGAGGAGCCUGCCCGGCGCGGGCUACCACUCGCCCUUGGGGCCCCCUUCCCCACAGCUGUCCUUCCGCAGGAGCCCUUUCCACCGCAGAGGCUUUUCCAGGCCGCCCACAGUACCUGAAAACCCUUUCCUGCAGCUGGUGGCCCCCGUGCCCCCGCCCACCUCCCAACCUGAGGGCCCCACCUCUGACUCCACCGGUGUCUUUAUGGGCAGACACCAGGACCUGGGGCCUGGACAGCUCAGCAAAUCGGCGGCCCCGAGCCCUGAGAAGCUGGAAGAAGAGGCCACCACUCCCAGUGACCCUCAGCCACCAGCGGAAGCUGAGCACCAGACUUCAACACCUGCCAAGGAUGCCCGUCCAGUGCAGAAGGCAUUAAGGCUCAGCCUCUCCCACCCACUGGCUGUGUGUGACCAAAAAAGAGCCACAUGGACACUCUGGAGCCGCUGGGGGACGCUGCCCAGAGCCCCCUUGGCUCCCACUGGAACCCCGGAGCCCCUGCCCAAGGCAGGCGAGCAGCGCCAGGCAGGCCCUGGGCGGUUUGCCGUGGUCAUGCCUCGAAUGCAGAAACUGAGCUCCUUCCAGAAAGCUGUGCCUGCCUCCCAGCAGCCUCCUGAACAGCCUGCCCAGGACACCCGGCCCAGCCCCAUGCCUCGAGCGCAGAGUCUGCACUGGCCUCACCUCUGGCUCCCGGCAGGCACCCACCGGCCCUGGCCAGGAGUCCAUACCCAGCCCCGGUCCACCUGCCUGGGCCCUGGAGCCACCUGCCUGUCUCUCAGGGGGCCCUGGAAAGAUGUUGGCCCUCAGAGGUGGCAGAACAAGAUGCACUCCAUCCGCAGCCUGCCGUCUGUGCGGCUCCGGGAGCAGCGCGGGGAGGAUGGCGUGGAGGACAUGACGCAGCUGGAAGAUCUCCGGGAGACCGCCGUGCUGUCCAACCUCCAGACCAGAUUCGAGCGAAACCUCAUCUAUACUUACAUCGGCAGCAUCCUUGUGUCGGUGAACCCCUACCGGAUGUUCGGGAUCUACGGGCCGGAGCAGGUGCAGCAGUACAGCGGGCGGGCCCUGGGAGAGAACCCCCCGCACCUUUUUGCAAUUGCAAACCUUGCCUUUGCCAAAAUGCUUGAUGCCAAACAGAACCAGUGCAUAAUCAUCAGUGGGGAGAGCGGCUCUGGCAAGACCGAGGCCACGAAGCUGAUCCUGCGCUACCUGGCCGCCAUGAACCAGAGGCGGGACAUCAUGCAGCAGAUAAAGAUCCUGGAGGCCACGCCGCUCUUGGAGUCCUUCGGUAACGCCAAAACCGUCAGGAACGACAACUCCAGCCGCUUCGGGAAGUUUGUGGAGAUCUUUCUGGAAGGGGGCGUGAUCUCUGGUGCCAUAACCUCCCAGUACCUGCUGGAGAAGUCCAGGAUCGUGUUUCAGGCCAAAAACGAGAGGAAUUACCACAUCUUCUACGAGCUGCUGGCCGGCCUGCCUGCCCAGCUCCGACAGGCCUUCAGCCUGCAGGAGGCCGAGACCUACUACUACCUGAACCAGGGCGGGAACUGUGAGAUCUCAGGGAAGAGCGACGCGGACGACUUCCGCCCCGCCAUGGAGGUGCUGGGCUUCGGCAGCGAGGAUCAGGACAGCAUCUUCCGCAUCCUGGCGUCCAUCCUGCACCUGGGCAAUGUCUACUUCGAGAAGUACGAGACGGACGCGCAGGAGGUGGCGUCGGUAGUGAGCGCCCGGGAGAUCCAGGCUGCCGCGGAGCUGCUGCAGGUCUCCCCCGAGGGCCUGCAGAAGGCCAUCACCUUCAAAGUGACCGAGACGAUGCGAGAGAAGAUCUUCACACCCCUGACCGUGGAGAGCGCCGUGGAUGCCAGGGACGCCAUCGCCAAGGUCCUGUAUGCGCUGCUGUUCGGAUGGCUCAUCGCCAGGGUCAACGCACUGGUGUCCCCACGGCAGGGCACGCUGUCCAUCGCCAUCCUGGACAUCUACGGCUUCGAGGACCUGAGCUUCAACAGCUUUGAGCAGCUGUGUAUUAACUACGCGAACGAGAACCUGCAGUACCUUUUCAACAAGAUCGUCUUCCAGGAGGAGCAGGAGGAGUACAUUCGUGAGCAGAUCAACUGGCGGGAGAUCACCUUUGCCGACAACCAGCCGUGCAUCAACCUGCUCUCACUGAAGCCCUACGGCAUCCUGCGUAUUCUUGACGACCAGUGCUGCUUCCCCCAGGCCACAGACCACACGUUCCUGCAGAAGUGCCACUACCACCACAGCAGCAACCCACUCUACUCCAAGCCCAAGAUGCCCCUGCCUGAGUUCACCAUCAAGCACUACGCAGGCAAGGUCACCUACCAGGUGCACAAAUUCCUGGACAAGAACCACGACCAGGUGCGCCAGGACGUGCUGGAUCUGUUCGUGCGGAGCCGGACGCGGGUGGUGGCACACCUGUUCUCCAGCCACGCCCCACAGGCCGCCCCUCAGCGCCCAGGCAAGAGCAGCUCUGUGUCCCGGCUCUACAAAGCGCACACAGUGGCUGCCAAGUUCCAGCAGUCGCUCCUGGACCUGGUGGAGAAGAUGGAGAGGUGUAACCCGCUGUUCGUGCGCUGCCUGAAGCCCAACCACAAGAAGGAGCCAGGUCUCUUCGAGCCAGAUGUGGUGAUGGCCCAGUUACGCUAUUCAGGGGUGCUCGAGACGGUGCGGAUCCGCAAGGAGGGCUUUCCUGUGCGACUGCCCUUCCAGGUGUUCGUAGACAGGUACCGCUGUCUAGUGGCCCUCAAGCACGACCUGCCAGCCAACGGGGACAUGUGUGUGUCAGUGCUGAGUCGCCUGUGCACAGUCAUGCCAAACAUGUACCGCGUUGGGAUCAGCAAGCUGUUCCUUAAGGAGCACCUGCACCAGCUGCUGGAGCGCAUGCGCGAGCACGUGCUGAAUGCAGCAGCCCUCACGCUACAGCGUUGCCUCCGGGGCUUCAUCAUCCAGAAGCGUUUCCGCUCUUUGCGCCGCAAGAUCGUCCUGCUGCAGAGUCGGGCCCGAGGCUACCUCGCCAGGCAGCGCUAUCAGCAGAUGCGGAGGAGCCUGGUCAAGUUCCGGUCCCUGGUGCACACGUACCUGAGCCGCCGGCGCUACCUCAAGCUGAGGGCAGAGCAGAGGCGCCGGCUGGAGGAGGCGCGGCUGCGGGGGCAGGAGGAGCUCAGCAAGCGGGAGGUGGUGGCCGUGGGGCACCUGGAGGUCCCAGCCGAGCUGGCUGGGCUCUUGCGAGCAGCGGCAGGUGGGCCAGCCUGGCAGCCCCGGGUGGCGCCUGUGCGGACUCCCCGGCUCCAGGCAGAGCCCCGUGUUACGCUGCCCCUGGAUAUCAACAGCUACCCCAUGGCCAAGUUUGUCCGAUGCCACUUUAAGGACCCCACCUUCGGGAUGCUGACAGCCCCCCUGAAGGCGUCCCUCACUCGGCUGCCAGCUGAGCACCAUGCGGAGGCGCUGAGCGUCUUCAAACUGAUCCUGCGUUUCAUGGGCGACCCCCGCCUGCACGGUGCUCAGGAGAGCGUCUUCGGGAACUACAUCGUGCAGAAGGGGUUGGCGGUGCCCGAGCUGCGGGACGAGAUCCUGGCACAGCUGGCCAACCAGGUGUGGCGCAACCCCAACACCCACAACGCCGAGCGCGGCUGGCUGCUGCUGGCCCCCUGCCUCAGCGGCUUCGCCCCGUCCUGGCGCCUCAGCAAGUACCUCCUCAAGUUCGUGUCUGACUACGGGCGGAAUGGCUUCCAGGCUGUAUGUCAGCACCGCCUCAUGCAGGCCAUGGGCCGGGCCCAGCAGCAGGGCUUGGGGGCCGCCCGCACCUUUCCCCCGACCCAGCUUGAGUGGAUGGCCACCCGCGAGAAGGCCAGCAUGGCGCUGGACGUGGGCUGCUUCAACGGUGACCAGUUCUCCUGCCCGGUGCACUCCUGGAGCACGGGGGAAGAGGUGGCUGGAGACAUUCUGAGGCACAGGGGGCUGGCAGAUGGCUGGCGGGGCUGGACAGUGGCCAUGAAGAACGGGGCCCAGUGGGCAGAGCUGGCCGGCCAUGACUACGUGCUGGACCUGGUGUCAGACCUGGAGCUGCUCAGGGAUUUCCCGCGGCAGAAGUCCUACUUCAUCGUGGGCACAGAUGGGCCCGUGGCUGGCAGGGGCCACCCCAGGGUGGUGUUUGGGAGCAGCUGGGACUCGGACGAGGACACACCCGCUAGGCCCCAGCCCCAGGGGCACGUGCCCACCACGCCUGACUCCGACGGGUACUGCAGCCACAAUGAGGGCGGUACAGAUGGGGAGACUGAGUCCCAGAGAGCGACAGCGACCCAUCAAGACUCAGCCAGCCUCGGAGAGCCUGCUGUACCCCACAAGGGGCUGGACUGCUACCUGGACAGCCUCUUCGAUCCUGUCCUAUCCUACGGGGACGCGGACCUGGAGAAGCCGACAGCCAUCGCCUACCGCAUGAAGGGGGGAGGCCAGCCAGGCGGAGGCGGCAGUAGCAGCUCUGAAGACCCCCCCAGGAGACCCCCAGAGCCAAAGCCAGAGCCAAUCCCAGGCCUGGACGCCUCCACGCUGGCCCUGCAGCAAGCCUUCAUCCACAAGCAGGCCGUGCUGCUGGCCCGGGAGAUGACCCUGCAGGCCAUGGCACUUCAGCAGCAGCCCCUGAGUCCUGCCCCGAGACCCCUGCCCCCAGAGAAACCCUUACCCCCAGAGGCACAGCCCAGGUCCGGAGGUGCUGGGCCCCCAGCCAAACCCGUGCUCCUGCGCUGCACCCCGAAGCCUGCGGCCCCCGCCCCUCUGGCCAAGGCCCCUCGGCCCCCCACCAAGCCCGUGGCUGCCCCCAUCCUAGCUCAGGACCGGGCUUCAGAAACCACCUCACCCUGCCCAGAGCUGGUCCGGUACUCCACGCUCAACUCGGAGCACUUCCCACAGCCCACGCAGCAGAUCAAGGACAUCGUCAGGCAGUACCAGCAGCUGCCCCGCGGAGGCCCGCCCGAGGCCCUGAGGAAGGACGGUAGCAAGGUGUUCGUGAAGCGGCCAGACCCCCACGAAGAGGCCCUGACGAUCCUUAAGGGACAGAUGUCUCACCUGGCUGUGGCACCUGGCACCCAGGCGUCCAGAGAGGCGGUAGCCCUGGUGAAGCCGGUGACCAGUGUGCCAAGGCCAUCCGCGGGGCCCACUCCAGUGCUGCCUUCCAGGUCACUGGAGCCUCCCGAGGCCCCGGUGCAGACACGGCUGGACCGCCUCAUCCACCCCAACCUCUACAGCCACAGCCCCGCCCCACAGGUGUUUUACCCCAAGGACAGCUACAGCCACCCUGUGCAGCUGGACCUCCUGUUCCGGCAGAUCCUGCACGACACGCUCUCCGAGGCCUGCCUGCGCAUCUCCCAGGACGAGAGGCUCAGGAUGAAGGCCCUGUUUGCCCAGAACCAGCUGGACACGCAGCGGCCCCUGGUAACGGAGAGCAUUAAGCGGGCCGUGGUGAGCACCGCGCGGGACAGCUGGGAGCUCUACUUCUCCCGCCUCUUCCCAGCCACGGGCAGCGUGGGCACUGGCGUGCAGAUCCUGGCCGUGUCCCACAGGGGCAUCAGACUCCUGCGGCUGGCCAGGGGCAGCCACGAGGCCGGUGGGCAGCUGCGCGUGCUGCGUGCCUACAGCUUUGCAGACAUCCUGUUUGUGACCACGCCCUCCCAGAACAUGCUAGAGUUCAACCUGGCCAGCGAGAAGGUCAUCCUCUUCUCCGCCCGAGCUCCCCAGGUCAAGGCCCUGGUGGACGACUUCAUCCUGGAACUGAAGAAGGACUCUGACUAUGUGGUGGCCGUGAGGAACUUCCUGCCUGAGGACCCGGCACUGCUGGCCUUCCACAAGGGCGACAUCAUCCACCUGCAGCCCCUGGAGCCGCCCCGCGCGGGCUACAGCGCCGGCUGCGUGGUUCGCAAGAAGGUCGUGUACCUGGAGGAGCUGCGGCGCAGAGGCCCGGACUUUGGCUGGAGGUUCGGGACUGUCCAUGGGCGCGUGGGCUGCUUCCCUUCAGAGCUGGUGCAGCCGGCUGCGGCUCCCGACUUCCUGCAGCUGCCGGCCGAGCCUGGCCGGAGCCAGGCCGCUGCUGUGGCCGCUGCAGUGGCCUCGACAGCCGCUGCGCGGGAGGUGGGCCGCAGGAGAGAGGGUCCUCUAGUCAGGGCCCGCUCUGCUGACCGUUCGGAGGACCCCCUGACGCCACCGCCGAACACGAUGCUCGAGUUCGCCCAGAAGUAUUUCCGCGACCCUCAGAGGAGACCCCAGGACGGCCCCAGGCUGAAGUCCAGGGAGGGCGGGGAGUCCAGGACGCUGGAAGACAUGCUUUGCUUCAGCAAGACCCCGCUCCAGGAGUCCCUCAUCGAACUCAGUGACGGCAGCCUCAACAAGAUGGCCACCGACAUGUUCCUAGCUGUGAUGAGGUUCAUGGGGGACGCCCCGCUGAAGGGCCAGAGUGAACUGGAUGUGCUGCACACCAUCCUGAAGCUGUGCGGGGACCACGAGGUCAUGCGGGACGAGUGCUACUGCCAGGUUGUGAAGCAGGUCACGGACAACACCAGCUCCAAGCAGGACAGCUGCCAGCGAGGCUGGAGGCUGCUAUACAUCGUGGCCGCCUACCACAGCUGCUCCGAGGUCCUCCGCCCACACCUCACCCGCUUCCUCCAGGACGUGAGCCGGACCCCGGGCCUGCCGUUCCAGGGGAUCGCCAAGGCCUGCGAGCAGAACCUGCAGAAAACCUCGCGCUUCGGCGGCCGUCUGGAGCUCCCCAGCAGCAUGGAGCUUCGGGCCAUGUUGGCAGGCCGCAGUUCCAAGAGGCAGCUCUUCCUUCUUCCUGGACGCCUCGAACGCCAUCUCAAGAUCAGAACGUGCACCGUGGCCCUGGAUGUGGUGGAGGAGAUCUGUGCUGAGAUGGCCCUGACUCGCCCCGAGGCCUUCGAUGAGUACGUCAUCUUUGUUGUCACCAACCGAGGCCAGCACGUGUGCCCGCUCAGCCGCCGCGCCUACAUCCUGGACGUGGCCUCGGAGAUGGAGGAGGCGGGCGGCGGCUACAUGCUCUGGUUCCGGCGCGUGCUCUGGGAUCAGCCGCUCAAGUUUGAGAACGAGCUCUACGUGACCAUGCACUACAACCAGGUCCUGCCCGACUACCUGAAGGGCCUCUUUGGCAGUGUGCCGGCCGGCCGGCCCAGUGAGCAGCAGCUGCAGCAGGUGUCCAAGCUGGCAGCACUGCAGCACCGUGCCGGCGACCACUUCUCCCUGCCCAGCGUGCGGGAGGUCCAGGAGUACAUCCCGGCCCAGCUCUACCGCACGACAGCCGGCUCGGCCUGGCUCCACCUGGUCGGCCAACACCGGCAGCAGACGCAGGCACUCAGCCCACACCAGGCCCGCGCCCAGUUUCUGGGCCUCCUCAGCGCCUUGCCGAUGUUCGGCUCCUCCUUCUUCUUCAUCCAGAGCUGCAGCAACGCCGCUGUGCCGGCCCCCUGCAUCCUUGCCGUUAACCAGAACGGCCUCAACUUCCUCAGCACCGAGACUCACGAGCUGAUGGCGAAGUUCCCCCUGAAGGAGAUCCAGUCCACGCGGACCCAGCGGCCCACGGCCAACUCCAGCUGCCCCUACGUGGAGAUCGCGCUGGGGGACGUGGCUGCGCAGCGCACCAUGCAGCUGCAGCUGGAGCAGGGUCUGGAGCUGUGUCGCGUGGUGGCCGUGCACGUGGAGAACCUGCUCAGUGCCCGCGAGAAGCGGCUCACGCUGCCCCCCAGCGAGAUCACCCUGCUCUGAGCCAGCCCCAACGCUCUGGCUGCCUUCUGCUGCCUGACUUGCUGUGUGGCCUCCGGGGAGUCAUGGGACCUCUCUGGGCCAGAGAGGGGGAGACCAAGAGGAGGCAGGAGGGGCAAUCCGAGUCCCCCACAACCAGAGAGGACGGGAGCAGAGCCGGGAUGGAACUGUGGCAUGCAGGCUUGGGUCAGAUGGCAGGAGGGACUUUCAAAGGCUGGCCCACGCCUGCUCCGGUGCCACUGCAG